UAAUGUAUGUGCACGCCCUGUCUACAACAUACACCAUUACUCACAGCUGCUGCCAAGGGUUGGAUAUAUGUUACCGCUGAACAGGUUUGGUCUAUAAAUAGCAUCUGUGAAGAAGAGGCAGAAGACCAGGCAGCGAGAUGUCUGCACUGGGAGGUGUAGAGAUGGAACAAGAGCCAUCCAACCCCGAGGGAACACCGGAAGUCGAUGUAUCUCGAGUUCUUGUCGUCGGAGGAAUAGGACACGGUAAAAGUUCUUUCAUUAAUACUGUCUUGGGGGAAGACAAAUGUGCGUUUGGAGAUACUUGGGCAGUCGACAAAACAAUUACUAAAGAUAUAGAGGAGGUGGAUUUCCAACGGAAAAAUGAUAUAAUAACGUUUAUCGAUACACCGUCACUGAAGACGCUGAAGUCAAAUUCUAAAUUCCUGGACCUUUACAAGACUGGAUUCCAUGCCAUUGUGAUCGUAUAUUCGAUAAAAUCAUACAUACAUCCUUCAUCAUCCGUGUUAAAAGAAGUCCGAAAACUUUUUGGAGAUGAAGUCUUUCGUCACGUGCUGAUUAUAUUAACGUGUGAAGACUACUUGGGAGAUUCCACGGUGGAUGAAUUCUUGAAUGCCAAUACAGAAUUGAAACAUUUCGUGGAUAGAACAAGAGACAAGCCUGUUGCAAUAUGUAACACAGUUGAAAAGAACAGUACAGAAGCAAAUGAGCAAAGAGCUCGAUGUUUGGUUUACCUCGAGUCUGUUCUCAGAAAAAAUGAAGAACCUUUGAAAGAGAUUGAAAAAUGUUCGUGUUGUAGGAAGUGUUUUUCUUGGUUUACAGAUAUCGUGAAUAUCAACAGAUGAAUUUCAAUUGCAAACAAGAAGCAACUAAUCAAUCAUGUACAGAGUCAUUUAAGGAUAGGAAAUGUCUGUAGUACGUUUUUGAUAUUUAGCAAUGUGCAAGUCUUCAUACUUUAUUGAAACUCGAGAGCAUUUUAUUACUCUUUUUCCAGUUUGCAUAAGACAUUCGCACGAAAUAUUUCUUGAUUUAGUAUAAUGAAUAACAAUGAAUAGUGGUAAAAAAUUCACUUCAAAAUCAAUGAUUGUUCUUCUAAGAGACUGGUUUUAAUUAAAAUGCCUAGUUAGGUUUCAAA